GGUCUCAUGCAGAACACCCACCAUCCCGCAACGACAUGGCUUUGGCGUCUUGUUUCCGCAGGGUACAGCCAACGAAGAGCUCCUGCAAAGCGGUAGUUGUUCUGGCCUUGUGCUGCCGAGUGAUCGCUUUCGCUCCAUUUGCUUUUCAUCCCACGAGAAGAAAUACCCCUUCAAUUGCACCGCCUUCGGCAUUCAAAUGGAAACAUGCGCAGCAACAGCAACCUCGGAUGUUGGCGGAUAUGGACAGCAGAGCAGGUUUCCUUCGAACAGCAGCAGCGGCGGCAAUAGGAGGGGCAGCGCUGGUGGUUUCUGGGGGAUCGCAACCAUCCUCGGCAGCGGAAGUUGCGGCAACCGAGUUCGUGGACUUCGAAGAUUCGCGCGGGCUGUUCAGCUGCCUCAUCCCCAAGAAUUUUCUGCGGGCAGAGCGCGCCAAGGACAAGCGGGGCACGGUAUUCGUUGCCGGCGACUACAGCAAAGCCGAAGUCUUGUCGGUCCAAGUGGUGAAGGCCUUCGACCUUUUGACCGAUGCAGGCCUGCCUACGGUAGGAGAUCUGACCAAGUGGGAGAACGUGGGCAAGCCUGCGGCGAUCGCGGACCUGCUCAAGCAGAGAAGAGAUUCUGACGCGGCGGGGGGAACUCCGGUGGAAAGCGUCGUCCUUCCCGGGGUGACACUGGAUGGAGACGUUCUGCAGUUUAUGCUCAAGUCGCCGAUCAAGGUGAUGCGGGCCGACUUGUUGGAGAAGGAGCAAGGGGUGAGCGAGCUGUACCGGAACACGUACGUCAAGGCCAUCAUGCGCGGCGACGGCAGCUUUCUCGUUGUCUGGGCAGGCGCGUUGAACACGGAUUGGGAUCAAGAAGGGGGCGCUAAGGACCGCUUGAAGGUGGCCACUGACUCCUUCCGACUGGAGGGCCUCAUCGUUGAAGGCGUGCGUCUGGGGGCGGUGUAAUGCAUAAAGCUUGUGGUCUGUGUGCUGCGCGCAGCGGAGACUGGACCAGCGUUUUCCUCUCGGCUUGUUUGGAGAAGUCGUAUGCAUACUCUCCCAUUCAUUUAAACAUCACCCUCGCGGCUAGAUAGACAGAUACGCAGAUGGGCUACAUAAGGGACGAACCGUUUGCGCAACCGAUUUGAAGCUGGAGCAUGGUGGGUGUGGUAUAGAUGUGCACAUGAUGAUCACGGCACGAAGCUCAUCGUUGGUUGAGGGCAAGAGUAGAUAGAGCCUGGCGUCUCCCUUGUGCGGGUGACACUGGAAGCACCAGACACGCACACAGCGCUUCUCGUGCCGAAAUGACAACGAGAACAGACCUGCUGUCAACGUCGUGAAGCCGUGCAUGUGAAUGAAUGCGAGUGUUUUUCCGGAGCUUGAUGCAGCUGGUAUUCAUGGCCUUUCGUUCGGGCUAUUUUGUCGUCCACACACCGACACAUGCCGGUUUCGGGCUGUUUAUUGAACGUUAUGUUGAUGGCUUCGCCUG